GAGCAGCCUUCUUAACAGGAGCAACCUUUGGAACACUGACUUCUGUGUCACUACUGUCACCGAGAACGGCAAACAAGUUUUUGGACACAACCGAAUCCGUCAUUGACAUUGAAGGGUCCAGAAGAUAUGAAUAUAUAGAAAGUUGCCAAACAGCGGCUGUCAGGGGUUGAAUACAUGGCAGUUGCGCAACAGGUCAAAUGUUGGUUUCAGAUCGUAGUUGUAGCGGUUGUCCAGGCAAUUCCAAAGUUGAGCAUCAGUUCAAGCAGGGAUCAGUAAUCGAUGACUAAAGUACACUCUUUACAGUAUUCAUCCAUGCAUGCCAGUACUAGCAUGGAUGGAUUGCUCUUGAUGACAUAUCUAGGACUACAAUAUUGCUUACCUUGUGUAUCGUGGCCAGCAACAGCCGGCAACUUGUGCAUCAAUUAGUUGCAGAGCCAAUCAUACAUCACGUGAUCAAAUCUAUGGUCACGUGGAUAAGCUUGACUUUUUCCUGUUCAAACAUUAAGCUUUCAUUGCCGAAUCUACAAUCUUGAAUGCACUCGCUGUUCUAGUACACUCCAUGCUGUUGCCAAUGCAGAGUGUAAAUUAUCUCGAUGGAUAGUCUGUUUAUAGAUUUCAAAACUAUCAACAAAUCUGCUUCUUGUGCUUAUCUUUUAUUUUAUCUUUGACCGCCCUAUGUAUCGUGCCAGAGCCUUCUCCAAGAUCAUCAAGGCCUUUGAUGCCUCUGGUCCUUCUUACAAUCUAAAUAAACCUUGUUUUGCAGCCUCAUUCUCGUCUUCUUCUAGUGCUCACCCCAUCAAUGAGGUCACCAUCAUCGGUGCCGGUCUGAUGGGGUCUGGAAUUGCUCAAACUGCUGCUCAGUUUGGCUUUAAAGUCAACCUCAUUGACUCUUCCAACGAUGCUCUUGCAAGGAGUCGCAAGAACAUCGAGUCCAACCUUGUUCGUGAGUCAAAGAAACAGCAUGGCUCUGCUGUGGCAUCAGCUCAGAUAUUUGUCAAUAACACUAUGGAGCUUCUUACUCAUUCCACUGAUCUUACCGCCGCUGCAAAAUCCUCUGAUCUACUUAUUGAAGCCAUUGUUGAAAACAUGGACGCUAAGCGCAAACUAUUUACCCAGCUGGAUCUGAUCGCUCCAAAGCAUGCUAUUUUUGCUAGCAACACUUCAUCAUUGCCUAUUGCUGAGAUCGCCAAGGCCACAAGCCGCCCUGGUCAGUUUGCUGGUUUGCAUUUCUUUAAUCCUGUGCCUGUGAUGAAGCUGGUCGAGAUUGUUCGUACAAAGGACACUACCGAGGAGACUUGCAAGUCGCUUGCUUUGUUUACCGAUCAGUUGCUCAAAAAAGCUGUCAUGUGCAAAGAUACUCCAGGAUUUAUUGUCAAUCGACUUCUUGUUCCAUACCUUCUGGAGGCUACUCGCAUCGUUGAGCGCGGUGAAGCUUCUAAAGAAGAUGUUGAUCUAGCAAUGAAGCUGGGUGCCGGAUAUCCCAUGGGACCAUUCGAGCUUAUGGAUUAUGUCGGUCUUGAUACAAUCAAAUUCAUUUCUGAUGGAUGGUAUUCUGACAGUGAUGUGCUCAAGGGUAACAGUCACGUUGCUCCAUCCCAGCUGAUCAAUGGCCUAGUUGCUCAACAAAAGUUUGGUAAAAAGUCUGGCAGCGGGUUCUACAACUACCCUGCAAAGAAAUGA